AUGGAGACUCCCAUGUCGUCUACAUCCACCACUGGACUUCUCGGUCCUCAAGAGCAGCACCAUCAUUACCGAUCCUACCACAACCUCUCCCCAUCGGACAUACAUGCGCUUACCCAAAUCCUCUCCCAUGCUCCUGGUGCUGACGUGGGUCCCAACUCCUCGAUCUACAGCUCCUACGUCCGCAUCACGAAGGAGCAGAUCAAAGCCCUGCCAGCGCACCUGCGCAGCCCCAAGCCGCACUCUCUAUCCCUAUCACGCUUGCACAAGAGCAAGGACAACAACAAGCUUUGCCAGCUACAUAGCGCCUUACCGCCGAAAAUCCUGUGGGAGAUUCUCAACUUCAUAAAGACCGAAGUCGAGGAGAAGGUUCCGGCAUACCUAAGGUCAGUGACUUCUGCAGGGCCAAUGCGCGCGAAUCUCAAGAGCGAGCUGGACAAGCUCGCGCCGAUGUGGUUGCUGUGCCAGCGACUGCACGGUGCGGACCCCUGCACUGCUUGUAUCCUCGCGCAAAUCGGCAGCGGGAGAGAUGCCCUGGUCGCGCUGCGCAUAGCUCUGCUGGCGAGAUGGAGGAGCGGUCGUGUCGCUGACGGGAACAGUACGCGCCUUGUUUUCUUAGAGGCCUGGAUAGAGAAUCUCUGCGAACAUGCGAGGCAGACGAAGGAAAUCUUGGACAAGAGUUCCGAGCUAGGAAGGGUGUUGAAGGAAUUGGCGAAGUCUGCGAAGAGGUUGGGUGAGGCGAAGCAUCCCCAAGCAGGUUCCGGAAGUUCUGCCGGCACGGAAGACGCUGGAGGCUCUUCGGUGGGGCAAUGCCAGGAUGGUCAAGACCAUCCGGAAUCCCGCUCGAGGUCAUCCAGUGUCUCCAGUUUUGAAGGUGGGAGCCAGGUUACUAAGAAGGACGCGGAAGCGUGGGCCGAAGAAUACCAGCGAUUGCUGGAUCCUAUGAGACCACCCUCUUCGAUAUAUGAGUAG